AUGCUAUCAAAAUAAUAGAAACUACAUGAAAUACUAUCUUAAGACAUAUUGAAAAUGUAUGUUUAGAGUAAUAAUUAGUUCAACUACAAAAGCAUCUUAAAAAUUAAGUUAAUCUUUCGAUACAAAUGGAUUAAUAGGACAAUUAUUGAGUCCAAAUUAAAAAACAAAUUAAAGUAUGGGAUAAUAAAAAGUGAAUAAAACAAUAUAAUAUCAGCAAGAAUUACUAAAAUUAAUGACAAAUCAUAAGCAAUUAUAAUCUGGCAAUAAAAAUGCAAAUAUAUCAGAUUUGAUGAGGUAAUAAAAAGAAAGCAAAAGAAUUAAUUCUGGUACAAGUCAACCUUAAAAAUCAUAGUCAUCAAACAAAUUGAGUUUUUUUAAUACAGGAAUUACAAUAAUUGUGAAUCAUGAGAAUCAAUAAAUUAAAUUUAAUAUUGAAUCUUCAAAAACAACAGGAUAGUUAGAAGAAUAUUUGAAAUAAGAAGUAAAGUAACAUUCAAUACAUUAAUAUUCAUCUACAGUUUCUUAACCAGAUGAAAGAAAGUAACACGUGGAACUGGGAAUGAUUCCUCAGAUUUGGAGAUAGUUUCAUUUCAUACAGUAGAUAAAAAUCUGCCUAUUGAUUAUUAUUUGCAGUAACCUAAUAAAAGCUUAGAAAUAUUUAGUGGGUAAACAUUAAAUUUAUAACCAUUUUAUGGGACUCCUUAAUAAAGCAAAAUAACUGCUUAAAGAUUUAUUUUUGUAAAUUGUAUUGGAGUUGGUGGACUUUCAAGAGUUUAUAUGGUGAAAAAGAAAUCAAAUGGAAGAUAUAUGCUAUGAAACUAAUUGAUAAGGAAUUUAUUAUGUAACAUAAGAAAUAAGGUAUAAGUAGUUAAAAAUUUGUUAGGUAUUGUGUAAAAUGAAAGAGAUAUCAUGACUGUUGUUGAUCAUCCUUUUGUUAUUAAAUUAGAAUAUGUAUUUGAAUCAAAGAAUUUCAUUUUAUUUGCGUUAGAAUUUUGCAGCGGAGGGGAGUUGUUUUGGUAAUUAAAACAAGUUAAAAGAAUGGCAGAAGAUUAAGCAAGAUUUAUUUUACAGAGUUUUGUUUAGCAAUGCUUUAUCUGCAUUCAUUAUCAGUAGUUUAUAGAGAUAUCAAACCAGAGAAUAUAUUUUGAUAGAUUUAGAUGGCCAUAUCAGAAUAGCAGAUUUUGGAUUGUCAAAACCAAAUAUGACAGAAGAUGAUUAUGCAUACAGCUUUUGUGGUUCACCUGAAUAUAUGGCCCCAGAAAUGUUAUUGAAAGUGGGCCAUAAUGUUUAGGUGGAUCAUUAUUGUCUAAGAGCAUUGCUAUAUGAAUUAAUCACUGGAUUGCCUCCAUAUUAUUCUAGAGAUACUGAUGAAAUCUAUGAAUCUAUUCUUAAUGAAGAAUUAACAUUCCCUGAGAAAUUAAAUUUAUCAUCUAACAUAAAGAUACUUCUAAAUCUUACAUAGAAUCUAUUGCAAGGUUUAUUAUGCAAACAACCCUCCGAAAGAUUAGGAGCUAAUAAAGGAUUAUCAGAAUUACUUAUUCAUUCUUGGUUUAAGGAUGUUGAUCUUGUAGAAUUAUUAAAAAAAUAAGUUCUUUCCCCUUUUACACCAAAUCAUUUGAAAUUCAAUUAUGAUUAAAAUGAACUAAUGAAAGGAGAACUUGAAACAAGAGAAAAACUUUUAGGCAAGUCUGGAUUUCAUUAAGAUAUUAGGCUAUUUAAAGCCUUUUAUUUUGACUCCAAAGAACAGAUUUAAAUGAAAUAGGAAUAAGCCAAAAUAUUGAAAUAGCAUUUCAUGAUGGUAACUCAAUAAAAAUUGGCGCUUAAUACUAAGUUUAAACCACAAAAGACAAAGCGCUGAACCUAAAGAAAAUUAAUCAAAACCAUCAUCUCCAUCAAAUAAUAGUAAAAAAUAAUAAAAACUCCAUUCUGAGUAAUUCCAAUCUCUCUAAAAACGAAUUAAAUCUUAGUAUUAUUCAUAUUUAAUUCUAGGUAAUUCUCAAUUACUAAUGUCUAGUAAGUAAGCGCUGUUGCAAGUCCUGCUUAAUCAAAAGUUUAAGGUUUGAAUAGGAUUAUUUCUUACAAUAAUUUCUUUGCUGAUAGACAAAAUACUUUACCUAAUGAGUAAAAGAAGCUAGAUUAUAAUCAAUUAUAGCCAAAUGUCUCGACAGAAAAAAUGCUUUAUAAAGAGUAUCUUCUUUAAAAUAAAGAAAAAAAUGAAUACUAAAUUUACAUAUUAAUUUUAAUUUUCAAUAAUUGUUAUCACUGUUAGUCUCUAUCUAAAAGCAGAUUUGAAUCAUUUUUUAUUCAAAAUCGAUUCAAAUUUAAUAAAAUAUAUAAUAAUAUUAAAAUGGUUUCUUGGAAUAAUUGGAUACUAACAUGA